GCGCUCUUUGUUUUUAAACCGAAGACCGACCGCCGCGUUAUUGAUCGCAGCACGGGCAACUCCGUGGGGGGGACGUUAGGCCGAGUGACUGUGGGGUUUUUUACGUUUGUCAGCCGCCCAUACAAUCUAAUUCUUACGCGUUUACGCCUUUUCUAACGGGCGGGUCUUGGGAAAAAAAAAAUGGUUUUGCUCCCGUAUGAUGCAUAGCUGUUCAUCUUUAGAGGGAAAAUAAGGAAUCAUGAUGGAGGCCGGCGCGCUGCAGGACGCCGGCGCGGCGCCAGAGCUGCUGGUGCGCCAGAACCAGGAGCUGCGGCGCCGGCUGGAGGACGAGGCCGCCAACUACCGGCGCCGGCUGGAGACGUACCGCACCGCCCAGCAGCACCAGGCCACGCUCGUCAGCCGGCUGCAGGCCAAGGUGCUGCAGUACAAGCAGCGCUGCUCGCAGCUGGAGGGACAGGUGCUGGAGCCCCCCGCCAUCCCCUCCAUCGCGCUCGCGCCACCCGCGGGGGACCUGGACUCCGCCCUGCGCAGGCUGGACGACGAGCGCAACAAGGCGGAGCGGCUGGCGCAGCUGAACGGCGCGCUGAGGGAGCAGCUGGAGGACUGCCACGCCAGCAACGAGGCGCUCACCGCCGACCUGCAGAAGCUCACCGCCGAGUGGGAGCAGCUGCGCGAGGAGAUGAUCCUCAAGGAGGACGAGUGGCGCGAGGAGGAGCGGGCGUUCAACGACUACUACACGAUGGAGCACAACCGGCUGCUGAACGUGUGGCGCGACGUGGUGGCCGUGAAGCGCGUGUUCGCCGAGGUGAAGGCGUCGACGCAGCGCGACCUCACGCGCCUGCAGUCGGACAUGUCAGCCGCCACCUGCGAUGUGGCCUCGUGUUGCGGCUCCAUGCUGAGCUCGCUGCGCACCGCUCCGCUCGCCCGGUUCCAGCAGCAGCAGCACCAGCAGCUGGAGCAGGAGGCGGUGCAGCUGCGGGCGCAGCUGUCGGCCCUGCGGGCGGAGCACGACGCCACGCUCGCCGACGCACGUGAGCGGGAGCAGCGCGCGCAGCAGCUGCUGGCCGACCUGCGCGCCAUGGAGGAGAAGUGCGGGGAGGCGGAGCACGGCGCGGGCCAGGCGGCGCGGCUGCAGGAGGAGAUAGAGCUGCUGCAGAACGCGCUGCGCGACAUAGCGCACGCCGUCAUCCAGGACGCGGAGGGGCGCGACGCCGACCUCGCCCCGCACCUCCACCUCACACCCUCCGGGCCCGUCCCGCACAGGUCGCCCAAGCGCAGCCAGCGGACGCCCACCUCGCCGGCGUUCACGGAGAGCACCAUCUCGGCCGUGCAAGCCGCGCUGCACAAGUACCAGCUGCAGAUACACGACCUGCAGACGAAGCUGCAGUCGGCACGGGAGCAGCUUCAGCUGGCGCGUCGGCAGUGCGAGGGCGCGGAGGAGGGCCAGCGCGCCCAGGAGGCCCGCGCCGGCGAGCUGACCGUGCAGCUGGACGCGUGCCGCGCCCAGUGCGCGCAGCUGCUGGCGGAGAAGGGCUCGCUGCACAAGAACCUGGACGGCCUGCGCGCGGACAAGCAGGCGCUCGACAGGAGCCGGCUGGAGAUGAUCUCCAAGUUGGAGGCCCUGGGCGCAGAACACGAGCGCCUGCAGAAGAGCCACUCGCGCCUGCAGAAGCAGUGCGACAGCUGUGAGGACGAGAAGGCGUUCCUGCAGAGCGAGGUGGACCGGCUGAUGAAGGACGCCGACGUCAGGGAGAGCAGCCUGCGGGCGGAGGAGGAGCGCUGCAGCCGGCUGCGCGAGGAGCUCCUGACGCUGCGCGAGGAGAUGAGCCGUGCCAACCUUGCGCGCGACCUGCUGGAGCAGCACAAGCUCGAGACGGACGCCGUGCUCAGCCAGCUGGAGAAGAGCAGAGGUGACGUGGAGCUGGACCUGGAGAGAGUGAUGCUGGAGAAGUCGGACGUGCAGGAGGCGCUGGCCAAGAUGGAGGCCGUGUGCGUCGCUCUGGAGCAGGACAAGAAGAGGCUACAAGCAGACCUCGCCAAGUUGAUGGAAGAGAAGGGCAGUCUUCAGAGCCAGUGUGCGGAUCAGCAAAAUGACUUAGCAUCCCUGCGGAAAGAAAUCCUCCAGGCGGAGCAGACACGCCUCGACCUGGAGUCAGACAAAGUCUCCCUCCUGGAAAAAGUAAAGUUCCUGGAGAUUGAGAAAGAGAAAGUGGAGCUGGAGCUGGGCCAAGCGUCCAGAGAGAGAGGGGAUCUGAGCAACCAGCUGUCGGCGCUCGCUCGCAGCAAGGACGCCCUGAACGAGGAGUUGGUGCGGCUGCGGCAGCGGCUGGAGCAGUCCAGCGAGACCAACGCCCGCCUCAACCGGGACCUGGAGGACCUGGUCAAGGACAAGGAGGAGAAGCAGGUGAUGCUCGAGAACAGCGAGAAGGAGUUCCAGCGCGCGCAGCAGCAGUUGGCCGCCCUGCGCAGCGAGAAGGAGGCGCUGGAGGGCGUGCUGUUCGACACGCAGACCACGCUGGAGGCCACGGAGACCAAGCGCGCGGCGCUCGACCAGGCCGCGCAGGACCUCCUGGUGAAGCAGGAGUCGCUGCGCGGCCAGGUCGCGCGCCUCACGCGCGAGCUGGAGACGUCGGAGAGGCGCGCCCGUGACAUGAAGGAGACGCUCACCCGCCAGGCCAGCGCGCAGGAAGCAGAGUUCCAGCAGACGCUGGGCAGCGUGCGGCGGCAGGCCGAGGAGACGGCCCGCAAGCUGCAGGAGGAGCGGGAGCAGGUGCGCGCGGCGCUGGAGAGGAAGCUGCAGCAGGCGACCGCGCAGCUGGGCGGCGAGAAGGACCGCGAGAUCCAGGCGCUGCAGGAGCGGCUGGAGGCCAUGCAGCAGCACGUGGAGGGCGUGUGCGCGCAGCACGAGGAGGUCCUGCUGCGCGCCGAGAACGACAAGCAGCAGUCGCUGCUGCUGGCCCAGCGCGACCAGCAGGUGCUGCAGCAGAAGCUCGACGCGGUGCAGCGAGAGCUCGACGAGGCCAGGGGCAUGCUGGACCGCGUGAAGAGGGAAGCCGUGUCGCGCGCGGAGCAGGACCGCUGCGCCAGCAACCAGCUGCGCGACGAGCUGGCGCGCCUCAAGACACGGCUGGACGAGUGCAGGAGCAAGUGCGAGGACGACCGGGCGCGCCUGGAGGGCAGCAUGUCGGAGGUGCGCAAGGAGCGAGACAGCGCGCAGCAGGAGUGUGACGAGCUGCGCGUACAGCUGCAGGUGUCGGAGGACCGCGUCGACUCGCUCACCAAGCAGCUGCACGACACCGGCCGCAGGAUCAAGGAGGUGGAGACGAGCUGCGAGACGCUGCGCAAGGAGCUGACGGACGUGCGCCGCCAGCUCACCGACACCAGCUACGAGAAGGACAAGUACCACGCCACUAACAAGGAGCUGCGAGAGCUCAUCAAGCGCCUGGAGGGGGAGAAGCGCGAGCAGGCCCGCUCGCUCGACGAGACGCUGCAGAAGCUCGCAGGGCUGGACGAGGCGCGCGCGGGCCUGGAGGGCGAGCGCGCGCGGCUCCAGGGCGCAGUGCGGGACCUGGAGAAGCAGCAGCUGACGCUGGGGCACCAGCUGGCGAGCGCGCGGGAGGAGCUGCAGCGGGCGCAGGCGGCCGGCGCAGCCGCGCAGGGCGAGGAGCGCGAGCUGCAGGCGCGCCUGGCCACCGAGACGGAGGAGCGCGAGCGCGCGCAGCAGGACUCCCACCAGCUGCGCAAGCAGGUGGCGGAGCUGGAGAACAGCCUGGAGGCGGCGCGGCAGGAGAUGUGCCGGGCGCGGGCGCGCGGGGACGAGCAGGCGGAGCGCUGGCACGCACGCGAGCAGGAGCUGGUGGCGCGGCUGGAGGACGCGCGCGCCCGCGAGCGCAAGCUGGAGGACCAGCGCCACAACCUGGAGGUGUGCCUGGCCGACGCCACGCAGCAGCUGCAGGAGCUCAAGGCGCGCCUGGGCGGCUCGGAGGGACGCGUGCGCGCGCUGGACGCGCAGCUGCAGCAGCUGGAGGCGGCCAAGAAGGAGGUGGAGCAGAGGCUGAGCAGCGUUGGCUCCACGCUGCGCCGCAUUGCCGGCAUCCAGCUGGACGGCAGCGUGAACCUGCCCUUCCGCCUGCUGAGCCCGUCCCGGCGCUGGAGCCCGGCCAAACGUACGAGCGGCCGCGCGCCUCCUCUCCUGGCGUUCGUGGGGCAGGAACACGGCGACGGGCGUGACGGCGGCACGGGGGCCACGGACCUGGACCCGGACGUCGUGCGCAAGGGCGUGCGCAACCUCAUGCAGCAGGUCGCGCAGAUAGAGCGCGAGCGGGACGACCUGCGCACGCAGGUGGGCGGCCUGAAGAAGCAGCUGCAGGAGGCCCAGGACGUGCAUGGCCAGGUGGACGGCAAGCUGAGCGUGGCGCUGAGCAACCUGCGCGCCGCGCAGGAGGAGCGCGCCGCGCUGGAGGCCGACCUGAGCAGCCGGCAGGCUGCGCUGCAGGCUCAGGGCGAGGCGCUGCAGCUGAAGACCCAGGAGCUGCAGAUGCUGAGCGAGAAGGUGACUCAGCUGGAGCUGCAGCUGCACAGUGGCUCCGAGGAGAAGGGCCACUGGGAGGAGCAGGCGGAGCGUCUGCGGCAGGCGGUGGCGCGCCUCGAGGCUGACAAGUGCGCGCUCCAGGAGGAGUUGUCUCACUGCGAGUCGCGCUCCACCAAGCUGGAGCUGCAGCGCAUGGCGCUCGAGGGCGACCUGCACCGCCUGCAGCUCAUGCUGCAGGAGAAGGACGCCCACGUGCAGAAGCUGCAGGAGCGGGGGGAGGCGCAGCAGCGCUCCGUCGCGAGCCUGGAGGAGCGGUGCUCCUCGCUAAAGACGACCGUGGAGCAGCUGAAGGCGGCGCUGGAGCGCGCGGCCGUGUGCGAGGCCGACCUGCGCUGCGACGUGCAGAGCCUGCAGCGUGCGCUCGCCGACGCCAGCUCCUCCGCGCAGGCCGGCUGCGACAAGCUCAAGCAGCUGCAGAAGUCCCUGAGCAACAGCGAGAACGAGCGGCGCGUGGCGGUGGAGCGGCUGGAGGCGGCGCAGGGCGCGCUGGGGGAGCUGAGGCGCGCCAACCAGCACCUCGCAGAGCAGGUGCAGCGCAUGCAGCAGGAGCUGGCCAACAGCGAGGUGCAGCGCUCGGGCCUCGAGGCCCAGCUGCGGCUGGCCAGCUGGCCGCCCGAGGGCGCAGAGCCGGGCCACGACCAGGAGCUGGCGCGCCAGCUGCACUCCCUGCAGCGCGAGCGCGCGGACAUGCGCGCCCGCCUCGAGUCCCUCGCCGACAAGGUGCGGCAGCUGGAGGCGGAGAAGCGCAGCCUGGAGCGCGGCAAGGGCCAGGAGCGGCCGGAGAAGGGCGCGUGCGCGGAGGAGGACGGCCGCCUGGAGCGGGAGGUGCGCGAGCUGAAGGCGCGGGUGCGGCGGCUCGAGGCGCAGCUCGGCGAGAAGGAGGCCGAGCUGUCGCGCCUCAGGGCGCAGGCCGGGCCGGAGCGCGGCGCCGAGACGGAGCGGCUGAGGGCCGCGCAGCUGCAGGCCGAGCGGCUGCUGGAGGCGCGCGAGCAGAGCCACCGCCAGCAGGUGCUGCGUCUCGAGAACCAGGUGCAGCAACUGCGCGAGCAGCUGAACCAGGAGGUGAAGCGGCGGCAGCUGUACGUGCUGCGCAGCGCGCGCGCGGGCCGCGAGAUGCAGCAGCUGCGCCAGACGCUCGGCGACUCGCUGCGCACGGUCGCCCAGGACCCGUCCCUGGACGCGCUGCUGCUGGAGCACGAGGCGCGCAAGCUGGACAGCAGCCUAGCCUCGGCCUCCCACCCCGCCUGAGCGGCCCCCUCCCCGCGGCUCGGACCCCCCUCCCAACACUGCCACCCUCUGCCUUCCUGACCACCCUCACUUUUGUACUCGUUUUAUACCUGCCUCAGCACCUCCUCAGACACCAGGGCGUAGGAGGACUAUCUGUAGCACGUACCUGCAUAUCAAUGCAAUGGUAAUAUUGUUGUAUAUUUGACAUUCCACCCUUCCUCCCUGAAAUAACGUUUCAAGAUACGCUCCUGUGAUAUGGUCAGUUGUUGCUGGUGGAGUAGAGGUCAACAGGUUUUUUUUGCAGGAGGACCUCUAGUUUCACGAGAUAGUUCGUGAUAGUUUGUGUUGUUUCACGGUCAAACUGAAUACUUUUGAAAGCCCUGUUUGCCACUGGCUUAUGUCCCAUUACGUGCUGUUGGGCUGAUGGGGGUGUUUUCUAAAUGCGAGAAGGUGAACAUGUCACCCCGACGCGGAGGCAGCUUGUGCUGGUGGGGUAGAGGGACGCUCUACUUCUUCGACAAGUGUUGCACAGCAAAGUGCUUAAAUGUCAUGUACUGUCGUAGUCCUGGCUUCCAGGCCCGGUUGGGGCUGGGGUAGGGAUGAUCAACGAUGGGUACCGGCAAGCCUCGGGAGUGAUACGUUCUUGCCAGCAUGGCCCCUCGGUCUCCGUCGACAGGCCGUGGUUCACACACGCCGAGGUACUUCAUGACGCAGAGCGCUAUUAGUGCUUUAUGCACACGCUCAACGUCCCAGACACGCAGCGGGACAUAACCUCCUCUCGCCGGAGAGGAGCGAAGACUGCGAACAAAGGGGCUGUUGCCCCGGGCCUCGACGCAGGGGUGGCCUCAUACAUCCUGGCAGGGACAUUGGAACAGGGGGGGCAGCAGAGGCGAGUCGUUCCCGUGCUGUUAUGCAUGGGGGGGCGAGAGUAGCAUUUCGCCCCCCUCCUUUUCCCAGAAUAAAUAUUUGGUCCUAGUAGUAUUUUUCUGAACCAGAUAUUUUAAUCCAUAUUUAAUACAUACUACAUCAUCAAAUUCUUGGAAUGGUAUAUUUAAUAUUUUGCAAUUUCGCAUCUAAAAUUCCAAAUUUUUCCGGGGGAGGACCCCCGGACCCCCCACUCUAGGACUGAGGUAAGUGUGAUACAUCUUUUCGCCCCCCCACUCAUGAAAAAGUUCCGACGUCCCUGCAUCCUGGGCUGAUGCUGGAUGGGGUUCGAAGAGGGCAGUACGACGACAAAAGUACAAUAUUUACUUUACAUUCGUAUUAAUUCUCGCCCAGUUUCAGUUAUCGUAACUCUACCUGUAAUAUGUAUUAAAAAAAAAUUUCUCCUAACUUUGUCACAUGAUAGCUUGAUUGGAAGUUGUAUUUCACUUUUAUGCAUGAUUAAUAAAAGAAAAUCUAUGAAUCAUUAUUGCUAAAAUGUAAAAUUGUACCUGAAAAAAAAAAGGGUCUCCUAUGUUUGCAACGCUUUAAUAUACUACAAAUUUGUCAUUUUUGCCGUCGACUCAACUGCACAUGAAUGAGCCAAGCAGUGCUUUACGUAGACGUUAUUCAGCUACGUACAUGCAGCAAGUUUUCCGCAUAAAGGUUUCGAAUUAGUUUCAAAAGUGUUCAGUUUGGCGUGAACGCAUUGUUGGUGGAGUCUCUCGCCGACCACCGCAAGUAGCUCACCUUUGUGACCAUGUAGCGAAUGGCCCUCAUUUGUUCACAAAUACUGCAGAAUCCCUACAGUAGCUCCAGAUCAUUUCUUUUAUUUUUAAUUUUUAUACGAACAGCUCAAGAAUCAAAAGAAAUUAACACAAUAUGUUAAUCUUAUUCAAUAGGUGUGUUCAACAAGUGCUGUAUUGUUUGUAUCAACAUUUUUGAAAUAUUUAACACGAGGAAACCCAACUUUGAUAUUUGUAUUUUAAUAUUUACAAGCAGAAGUAAUAUGACAGGCUCAAAAAUUUUGCAAAUGUUUCACAUGAAAUAUUGGGUUUAGCGAGCGAAUUGAGGUUGUAGUGUAUAAUAUUGAAGAGGUGUCUAUACACGCUUGUCUGUAGUGCAGACAAAGUUUUGUACUAAGAACCUGUGCAUUGUGAAAUUUAUACAUACCGUAUAAUGUGCGCAGCUUCGAAGUUGUCCAUUUGUUGAUUUGUUCAGUAGCAAACUGUGCGAGUGUAUUUAUGUGAGCACGCAUAGUGGAUGUGUGUGUGCGUGUAAGUUAGGAGAGUGCUGAUUGGUUUUUGAAACUUUAUAAAGAUUUUUAAAAGAAGGGUAGGUUUUCAGUUGUACUGUACGAUGAUGCUAAAUGUUUGUGGCACUGCACAGUUAGUAUGUGGAGUGUAGCGUAACUGCUGUCGGUUUGUAGUAGUUUUGACACAGUUCAGUAGUAAUGGGCGUAAUGACAAUGAAAAUGGUUUUCAAACCAGCUUACAGUGGUUUUCAUGGCUUUGGAACUUGGGGAAGUUUUGCGAGUGGGUUUGUUAGUGCAUCGAGGAGGGCUUCUGUAGUACGUGAACUGCUGUUGUUUCUGUGUUAACUGCUGAUCCAGUCAGAGUGUACACUUGUGCAAGACACUGUAGACAGUGCACCGGUAGGGGUUUGCUCUGGGUGCUCUCACUUCAUUCCUCCUCUUGUCGAAGAACUGCAGUCAUGCGUACAGGACUCCUCACGCUUCCUCUGGCUUGCCUCGCGUCGUACCCACGUUGACCGUACUCACCCUCACAGUGAAAUCACAAAUUUAAUAAAAAUUAAUUUUUCAUCAAUUUACUUAACUGCUGCUAUGAGAGGAAAAGGCCACAAGCAUUUUUUAAGUUUUAUGUCUUAACAUUACUUGUAUUUAAAUUUCAAGCUGACCACUCCUGACUAUGUACAAUCUUGAAUUGAGGUGUAUACAAUAUUCCAACAUACUCAUGCCAUAAAAGAUAAGUCAGGUCUUUAUCGCUGGAUUCAACUUGACAAUUUGACAGUAGACAUUAAUACACAUGGCAUGAGACAUAGUGAUCAGCGUGGAUUGGCUUGGUUUCGCCCAUUCAGUGGAAUGGAAUUUUCACUACAGUGCGCACUUAAUUAACAUCGAGGUACAUAGUUGUAAUAGCUGGGCUCGCUAGUAUGAUGAGCAAGGUUAGUUAGCAGUCAUAGUUUUCGCACCCAACUGUGGCAUUGCUGUGCUCCAUCACUAGUUUCCUAGGGAGUGCUACAAGUGGUUUUGGAGGCCCGGAUGAUGCGAGCCUUCUGCGCUCCACCACGCCAGGUGUAACACAGACUCACCACGGCACUGUAGUGUAGUGAAGGGAACGUCUGCGCUCUCGAGGGUUUCCAAGAGUGACCGUGUAGCACCCCCUAGCUGCAUGCCGGUGAACUAUUGCUAUUGAGUGUUGUGCCAGGCUGGUUCUCCGUACAAACGUGCCUUCAUACCUGUGAGUAGUGCUCAUCACAACCGAUCACUUGUUAGUUCAAGUUCAGAGAAAUAUGUGCCUAGACAAAUUAUUGUGCGUUUGAAGAAAUUUUAAAAAAAAAUGUUGUGUGGUGUGAGAAUGUGUCAAGGGAUAUCCUUCAAGUUGAAAAAUACUAGUGCAUAAUAAUAAAACCAAACAUAGGAUCAUAGCGAUGUAUGCACUAUAUAUAUAUCAUGCCAAAAAUUUUUGCGAGCAUUGUUUUUGGUAAUGAAAUACUGCGGCAUAUUGUACAUCGUCACCUAAUCUAUAACUAGAUAAGCUCCCAUUACCUUGAACUAGACAAUUUUUGCGUCAGUGUUAUCAGAAAGUGCAAUCUCAGGAAUUGCUUUUAAGUUUCGGUCUCACAUUGAAAGUUAAUAAUAUUAUUUUUUAUAACAUUACAUGUACUUUGUUUUAAGUGCUAUUUUUGUUAAUUAUAACAUGAUACCCGUCUUGCAUUUUUUUCUUUUGUUGGAAAUAUUUUCAACAGAUAUUACACUUGGUAAAUAUCUGUUAAAAUAUUUGUGAAAGGUGUGGUGUCGAAUUUACAGAAAUAGCAGUUAACUAAUAGUAAUGAUGAGAAAAUGAAAAAUCAACAUGGCGUGAAAUAAGUGUUGCAUGUGCGCGAGUCUCUGACUAACAUGGUUGACUUUUUUUUUGUGUUGCUAAAAUCAAUUGAAUAUAUUCUAGUCAUGCACUUAUAAGAUUGUGCUAGUGAAUUGUGUAUGUAAUUGGUAUGAUGAAGAGGGUAUGUCACUGAACUUUAGCAAAAAUUAUAAUCUUGCCAGCCACACAUACCAGUAAUUAACUACUUAGUUGCGUUGACAGUGCACUACAACUUGCGACAAUGUGCAGACACAGUUAAAAUAGCAGCCAUCUUAGAAUGCACUGUACAUACAUUAGAAUUGCAUAUGAAGCAGUAAAGCCAGUCUUAAACUUGCACACAGAAUUCUUGCGGUGUUAAUUAUUAAAACUUGAGGGUGGGUGUUUCUGUAGUCCAUUUUUCCAGCCUUCAUACAGUCCAAUGAAGAGGCAGCGCUCAAUUUUACGUCCUUUGUUAAGCUCACUAUUGGUUUUCUGACAUAAACGUAUUCGUAACACACAGUAUGACGGUUCUAUCAAGCUGUGCAUAUCUUACAUGAAGGAGGUUCUCAAAGGCAUCGCAAUCAUGGUGCAUUGCUACCCAUGUAAUUGCUCUCUCCCGUUAAGCCUUUUGUGCAUAACCAACGACUAAGACUAUCAUUGCUUGUUUUAACUUUUAUGAUGCUGUAGUUUAUGUUUAUUGGAAUCUCACAGUCAGUCACGCACAGAUAUUGUUAAAGAAGCUGUACAACUCAAGAAACUCAUUUAUUGAAACCAACAAGUUUCAGGGAAAAUAAUUUCCAGAUUGUUCUGAACUUGUUUUGUACAAUAACUUGCAGUUUAUAGUGUGCUGAAAAUUAAAUUGUCCUAUACUUUAAAAAAAAAUUAAAGACUACAUACAAUAAGGUGUACAAUAAAGAAUUGGUAAAAUUUCACAUUUAAAUUGUAUCACUUAAGACAAGAUCAUAUGGUUAAUAUUAAUAAGACUUAAAUACAUAACGAUAAGAUCGAAAUACAUAUUAGUAAAAUUGAAGUCAAUACUAAUACACAACCAAAUGGCAACUACCGAAAUGCCACGAUAUUCACAUCAAUAUCGUAAAUUACAUAAUUUAGUCUAUUAAAACAUAGAAUUAAUUUCAUAUAUUUUUAGUUUAGCUUUUUAUUUAAAACUUUAAUAACAUUUAAAAAAAAGUUUCUAUAAACAGUUUUUUAAAGUAAAGUAUUGCUUAAAAGCAGACCCUACAGACAUAGCAAUUUUUACAUUAUUUUUACUGGUUGCAGAAAAUGUCAUAUUAUAACUGACUACACAAUAUAAAAAAAUGAUAAAUUUAACUGAGAAAUUCUUCUCAUUGGCACUGUCCGAUGAUGCUUAAAGGGUGUUAGCUAUACUUUAUCAUGUUUGUUUUACUUGCAUCUUGCAAACCCUUUGUGCUACACUUCAACCAUUAAUUUAAAAUCUUCCAUAUAAAAUUUAAUAAGACAUUGUUGUAUUGUGUCUGCUGAAAGGUGUGGGAUUGUUCCGAGAAUAUAUUCUUUUGCCAUGAAUGAUGUUUCUCAUUCCUAAAGUACAUAUGUACAGUAUUAAUAAGGAUCUCAUGUAGCUCAGACUGUGUUUUCCAGUUAAAUGUACAAAUUAUUUUUUAAUCACUUGUAUAUAAAUUUUGUUUUAUACUGUUUGUACCAUUUUGUAGUAUUGUUACUUUUACUGUUGAUUUUUUUGUGUGUGCUUUAAAUACGCUGUGUACAUGUUAUCUGUGCGACCCAAGUGAAGCAGCGAUGCAAAUUGUUGAGCUAAUGUAGCCUUAUCGCAGCGAGCAGGGGGGCUAGUGCGUUGUCAACACACGUGGCAAGAGUAGUAAAUGCUGCUCAGCGACGCAGCAUUGUAGGAUAGCGGUGUAGCGUCUGGUUACCCACCUCCAAGUAGCUAUUCGUCAAAACUGUAGACUGCCGAAUGUAUUUCACUGCAUUGUUUCACAUGUAGGGCAGUGGUUUCGCAAGGGCUACCUUCUAUAUAGUUUGCAUCACUGUGUGUCGUGAAGUCAGUAGAUGCCACACAGUGGAAGAUAAAUAAAUGUUCCCGUGUUAAUGUUUUCAUAUGUGAAUAAAAGAGUGUUG